CCCUCGCGCCCUUUUUCCCGCUCCCCAUUAUUCCCGCGAUUCCCCUCCCCUCCCCUCCCAGCCAGCUGCCCACCGGAAGCAGAGGAAGCAGAGGAGAGGCCGCGGCCGGCGCCAUGGGGAAGUACAUGCGCAAGAGCAAGGCCUCGGGGGAGGUGGCCGUCAUGGAGGUCGCCGGCGCGCUGCUCGGCGUCCGCACCCGCUCCCGCACCCUCGCCGCGCAGCAGCAGCGCGCCCCCUCCCCGUCCCCCUCGCCGCAGCGCAAGGGGCAGGAGGACGGCGACCCCGGGGCUGGCGACUACCUCGAGCUCAGGAGCAGGCGGCUCGAGAAGCAGCCGCCGCCGGGGGCCAGGGAGAAGGAGGACGCGCCGCAGCCGGCCGCGAGGAGGGCCGCCGCCGCUGGCGGGAGGAGGAUGGAGCAGGCGCCGUCGUUCGCCGCCGAGGGGUUCGAGGCCGACCUCGAGGUCUCCUUCGGCGACAACGUGCUGGACUGGGACGCCACCGACAGGGGCACCAGGGAGACGACGCCGUGCAGCCUGAUCUACAGCUCGGAGACGAUGAGCACCCCGGGGUCGGCGACGGGAGCCCGCAACCAUUCCCGGCGCAGGGCGCAGACGCCGGUGUGCCGCUACGUCCCGAGCUCGCUCGAGAUGGACGAGUUCUUCGCCGCCGCGGAGCAGCAGCAGCACCAGAGCUUCAGGGACAAGUACAACUUCUGCCCGGCGAGCGAGCGCCCGCUCCCGGGGCGGUACGAGUGGACGGUGCUAGACUGCUAGGGCUUCCUCAUACCUCACACCACUACCACCACCACCAGGAGCUCCUCCAUUGAUCUCUGUAACACCAGAAUGACCAGCAGAAGCAACAUGCCGGGAGGGAAUGCAAAUGCAAAUGCAGUAGCGUUAGGUUUUCUGAUUCACCUGUUGUAAAAACUUAGAGUUAGCCCGCCGUCAGUCACUCAGUAGUAGCCCAGCCAUGUGUCAGUGUAAGGAACAGCCUGAUCCCCAGCCUCACUGUAACCGUCGUUAGGUAACAACAUCUCAUCCCGUAGGCUUCAGUUUAGCUUUGAUUAGCAGCUCGGUUAUCUUCUGUAUCCCGGUCCUCCGUCGAUGAAUGAAUGAAUGAAUCAGAGCUAGAUUUAUUUUCACCUC